AUGGCCAAGGAUUCCAGUCAAGGGUCUUUAAAAUCGCGCCUGAGCAGCGGAUCGCUCACAAACCUGUUCAAACUUAACCGCAAGCGUCGGCUGGACGACGAGGACUCCGAUUCGGCGGCGUCGCACUCUGGAGAGUCUGGCAGCGAGUCGCGCAGCGAGACGAAGAAGAGGCGGCGAUCGGCGGGCGAGGCCAGCGAGCCGCAGCAGGGGAUGGACAAGCAGCAGCAGGAACAAGAGCGCGAGUGGGACGCGGCGCUCCCUGAAGAGCUCCGCAAGUUCCGGCCCGUGGGGUUCCCGUUGAACCUGCCGCCCACGGAUCGCCCCGUGCGCGUGUACGCGGACGGUGUGUUCGAUCUGUUCCACCUGGGCCACAUGAAGCAGCUCGAGCAGUGCAAGAAGUGCAUGCCCAACGUGACGCUGAUCUGCGGCGUGCCCUCAGACCGCAUCACGCACAAGCUGAAGGGCCUGACCGUGCUGUCGGACGUGCAGCGGUACGAGACACUGAGACACUGCCGGUGGGUCGACGAGGUCGUGGAGGACGCGCCCUGGUGCGUGACCCCGGAGUUCCUGGAGCAGCACCGCAUCGACUACGUGGCGCACGACGACCUGCCCUACGCGGCCGCGGACAGCGACGACAUCUACCGCCCGAUCAAGCAGAUGGGCAAGUUCGUCGCCACGCAGCGCACGGACGGCAUCUCCACCAGCGACAUCAUCACCCGCAUCAUCCGUGACUACGACAAGUACCUGAUGCGCAACUUCGCGCGCGGCGCCACGCGCCGCGAGCUCAACGUAUCCUGGCUCAAGAAGAACGAGCUUGAAUUCAAGAAGCACAUCCAGGACUUCCGCUCCUACUUCAAGAAGAGCCACGAUUCCAUCAACCACGCUUCCAAGGACCUCUACGUCGAGGUCCGCGAGAUGCUGCUGCGCAAGACCCUCGGCAAGAAGGUCUACUCCAAGCUGGCCGGUCAGGACCGCCCGCAGCAGGCCCUCAGAGGCUCCUCGCCCGCAAGCGAGUUCGCACGCACCUUCACCGACCACCACGGCGGCGCCAACGCGCUCGAGAGCUCCCACGAGAGCUCCCACGAAGGCUCCCGCGAGGACUCCCACGACUACGACGACCAAGAAGACCACAACGACGAUGAUGACGACGACGAUGGCAGUGAAUCCGACCGCGCCAACGAAAAAGAGCGCGAAAACGACGAUUCUAGCUACAAAGACACGGACAGCAGCGGCUCAUCCCGCCGUACCCGUCGCGCCCGCCACGCCGGUGGCCGUUGA